CAAGUGUAACUGUUUUGACUGGUUAGAGGUGAUUUUUCUAAAACAAUGUUAUUAGUUUAAAAUUUUAUUUUUAACAAUCAAAUUUCCUUACCUGUGUUACUAAUAGCAUCCAAGAUUAAAACAACAAACGGAAUGUUUUAAAUCUAGUUUAUUUUUCAUUAGCUUGGCUGUUUGCAUCUUUGCAUUGCUUUCUGUUUGACUAAUGGAAACAGACUCACCAGUGUCAUUUCUGGUUCUCAGUCACUAGCACUAGACUGUAAAGUUUAGAUUCCAAACACUGCAAUCAAAGUUUUAUCUUGUUUUAAGCAAAACUUUUCCCCCUGGAAUUAUAAAACCUCAUUGAAAACAAUUGUGUUCAUCUUAGGUUUUGUGUGAAAACAAAGCAAACAAGGAUGUUGAAUCUGUUUACCUUAAACUAGAACUCCAGGCCUCUGUUUUCCAAAACCUUUAAUGUAGCAGUUAGAUUUUUUUUUUUAAAAGCUAGUUAGGAACCUAAUUUUAUUUACAGAGCGUGUGAGCCCAGUAGUAGGUAGUCCUCCAUUAGAAGGCUACUGCAAAUAUUUAUGCAGCUUGUGAAGAAAAGCUCUUGGCUGUAUAGUAGUUCAGUUGUCUGAGGUUCUUUCAUCAUGGAUCUGCCUCUGCUUUCAUGGAAGUUAAUGGCAAAAUUGUCAUGAACUGGCAUGAAAGCAAGACUGGGUCCUACCUCUUAACAUCUUUGGACAACAGACAAGUAGCAGGGACAUUCUCUAGGUAGUUCUCAACAUUUUAAAGUUGAAGAAGCCACUAUGAAAAAAAUCCUCAUAUAGUUUUAAGGAGUUGUGAUGUUUUAUAAUGCUUCAGUUUUCCUUGGUUUAGAUAGCUGUGCCUACCUGGGAAACUGGCCCAGCCACUCAUUGCUAUGAAGUGUACCGGAUCUUCUGAGAGUCAGAGAUUUCCGUUCCUACUAGAGAAUGCCCUAACAAGAGAGGCCAGGAAUUGGAAGGUGCCAGUUUUUUGGAAUUUCACACUGAAGGGCACAGAUAUCUCUCCAUCGCACUAUGAGAAAGCAGUUCUCUGGAUUGCAGAAUUAAGCUCCCAGUUCCAAUUUUACUCUGAGACGUUUGCCUUGGCUAUCAACAUUCUUAACCGGUUAUUGGCAUCAGUAAAGGCACAAGUAAAAUACCUUCGGUGCAUAGCAAUUACCUGCCUCGUCCUUGCAGCAAAAACCAACGAAGAAGAUGAGGUAAUACCAUCAGUGAAGAAGCUUGCAGUGCGGAGUGGUUGUAAAUGCUCUCCAGCUGAGAUUUUGAGAAUGGAAAGAAUUAUACUAGAUAAGCUUCACUGGGAUCUUUACACAGCGACACCUAUGGAUUUCUUAAACAUUUUCCAUGCCAUGGUGAUGUCCAACUGGCCUCAUCUACUAAAUGGGCUGCCUCAGAUGAAUCCUUCCCGCCAUGUUGCAUUCUUGACCAGACAGCUACAGCACUGUAUGGCAUGCCACCAACUACUGCAGUUUAAGGGCUCCACAUUGGCUUUGGUGAUCAUCACCUUAGAGUUGGAGAGGCUGACUCCUGACUGGUUUCCUGUUAUUACUGAUCUGCUAAAAAAAGCACAGGUUAGUAGCACCAAAUUCAUCCAUUGUAAAGAGCUUGUGGAUCAGCAGCUACUACAUUUACAACCAUCCAAUGCUGUUUAUAUCUUUAAUCCUGCCAACCAAGCCAUCCGAGCUCAUCCCAAGGAAAAGUUACCCUACUGUUAUUCUGAAUGGAGGAAUUCAAGUCAAAUUAGUUCAAGGGUCAUUGUGAGUCAGCCAGUUCCAGCAACCUUCACACCUACUUCCGUCAAAAUUCAAGAAGAUAGCAUGGAGACAGAUGAAUUCUAUGAUGGAUUCAGGCACCUAUACAAUGAGGAGGGUGUCCCAGAAGUUGGAAGGGUCAGCAUCACUGGCUCAUGCAAUAAUCUGAGGCAAGGAGAAAGUAGUUCCCCUUGUCCUCCAUUACAGCCACCUGAAAUUAACUAGAGGCGGCCAUAAUUGUGUAGGAACUAGCAAAUGCAGUUGCCACCAGGUCCGAUGAAUGGAAUGCUAGAUGCUGUCAAAUGAAAGCAUUCCUUGUUUUGGAUAGAGCAAUGCCAAAAACAUUAACUUGCUGCCUUUUAAGUGUGUCCUAAAACAAUGUUUGCUACUUCCCCACCAUUUUUGUGUGAUCUGAGCAUAAAGCUGGGUAAAAACCUCAACAGCUAUGGAUAGCUGAAGUCAUACAACUCAGGGAUCCAAAUUCAGCAGAUGGGGCUUGACACUGCACUUGGAGGAACUGAUGGGACCACAUUCCUUGGGCAGCUAUUAUUUAGGCUCUCUCCCAGCAUGCAUUGUGACUUCAGCCCUUCCAGGCUAUAACAUUGUUCUCCUCUACAAGUGGUUUCCAUAAUAUGAACAGCUGUAGGUGAGUUGCCUUGUGGGGAAGGGAGCUCCCAUUGCAUGGACCAUUAGGUCUACUGAUAUUUUCCUAGGUGGGACCAAACUUCUGAUUUAACAGUGAACAAAAAUGUGUCAUGAGAACAGCCUAAGCCUCUGUGUAGGAAAUUCCAGUUUUACUUAAGGGCUGAUCUUGAACUCAAAAGAUGCUCUGAGUGCUUUGGCACCUUUAAGAAUCAAGCUUUUAGGGAUUGAUCCAUUGCAACCAAUGGGAAGACUCCAGUGGGUUUUGCAUCAGACCUUCACAGAUUAUGUGGUGCAAUUGAAUUUUGUUCAUAUUGUAGCAUGCAAACUGUCUUUUUUUUUUUUUUUUUUAAACUUUCUUUUACAAUUUAUAUAUUUUUUAAAACAUUUGGUUCUUUGCCUUAACUACUAAUUCCCACAGUGAGGCAGUGAAACUGACUUCUGUAGUGUGUAACCGUUUUAAAGCAGCCUGGCAAAUGUUUUAAAGGAUGAGUCCUGAAAGGGUGAUUGUUACUUUUUUAUUUAAAAUGGAGGCCAGCACUUUUAAGUGAAAUUUUUUUUUGUAUACUAAUUUGAAAGUGUAAUCAGACCAAUACUGUAGGGAAAACAGAUUAGGCCUUGAUCCUGCAAGUUGUGGCCCAGUAUGAAAGCUAGUUGCAUGCCUUUGUAUGAGCGCAGGUAAGGCUAAGCAUCAGGCAUAACUCAUCAGAGUGAGAGCCCCGGCCCAUUCACUCUCAGUUGCGCAAGGGUAAAAAUUGGGUGGGGCUAAGCAGAGACCUGGAUGUAAGUGCCAUCCUCAUACUACGAGAGGGUUUACCCAAGCCUCACAGAAGCCUUGCAGCAGCAUUCUCCUUAAUGAAGGAUGAGGUUUCCUGGCAAUCCUUGUCCUGCUCAUCUCUUUUUACCUUGUGCUUAUGUGAAGCAUCUCCUGCAGCUACGCUGUGCAGGCUCAAAGCUGUUAGAGGCUGAAUGAACAGAUUUAGUUUUAGAAAUGUUCUGUUAAAAUGUUGACUGCGUAAGCACUGUGCUAAGGUCGGCUUUGUGUGUGCGCACGUGUGCGGGUGUGUAAGUCAAAUUUCUUUUAAACUGCAAAAAAUACGGUGCUAAAUGUACCAAAAAAAUGUUAUAGGAAGGUGGCGAAUUAAUGCAAGUGAGAGAUGUGAGUAUGAGUGCAUUUGGACAGCCAUUGGAACACGAUGGAAUUGUACGGCAAGGCAAAGGCUACCACAAACUGUGAAUGCUGCGCUUUAUACUAGUUUAAACCACAGCCCUCCUUACAGAAUGAACAGGGUGGUUUGCCAGUGUCUCUGAUUGCAAGGCUGUAGUAAAUAAGUUUUUGAAAUGGGAAUUAAAAAAAGGAUGCACUGUACCAGAAGAGAAAACUGUUUACAAGCCUUUCCACGCAUCUCAAGGGCUAGUUAAUGGAGGGACUUGGAAUGUUAUUUAUUAAUCCUGCCUAAGUAGCAUAAGGAAGGUUUUCAUUUUGUGGUAGGACCAAAAAAAGAAAAAAAAUGAAAAGAAAAAAAAAAAAGCAGCACCUUCCUUUUCUAUCACAAACUGUGACUUGACUGCCUGACUUUUAAAGAGGCAAGUUAUCUUUUGUAGUUUUCAUUAAAUAAACUGUAAUCUA